GAAGGCGGCACUUGUGACGGUAUGAAGGGAGCUCCCCGCUUCUCCAGUCACAAACCGUCUCCCCGUGAAAACACCGAACGUACUGAGGAGGCAUCCGUACCACAUUGCGCUGAUAACAAGCACAAUUUGUAAAGAAGUCCUUCAACAUUUCGACGGAAAGGGGUGCAGUGUGUGGAAAAAGCUGAUGAACUGAGGAAAGCCGCCGUCCUUCACCGAUCUUCUUUAACCCUGAGAGAACCGGCUGCCUUUUUUUUCCUUCUUCAUCACCUAAAGAGGAGGCUGGGCUCCCUCGGGGUGCUAGACCCACCAUGUGCCAAAACUGGAGAGGACCUACCAGUGCCCCAUAGACAGCCUAACCUCUUGUGGACCUCGCCCUCUAGCCUGAGGACCCUCCUAAUCCUCCAUAUUGCUCCCUGGUCAAGAUGAAGAAGGUGGCAGCAUGGUCAGAAGAGGAUGUCUCUAAUUGGCUGAGCAAGGAGGGGAUGCCAGAGUACAUAGAUUUCCUCCAUCAGAUAGACGGCCCUGCUCUGCUCGGGCUCACCGAGGCAGAUUUCCAGAAGCCUCCUCUUUCGCUGGUGUCGUCUGACGGCGGACAGCAACUGUUGGAGCGACUGGAGACGCUACGGAUAGAGACUCAUAUCGAGGCUCACAAAAAUGGCCACGCAAACGGGCACGUUGGUGGACUACCCAACGGAACUACCAAACCCCAGAGAAAUGGCAUGUUGGGGAUGAAGGACCACAGGAUGGAGAUGAUUCACAUCCCCAUGCCUACAAUGGAAUCCACGCGAUCCUCGUUCCCUGCUGAGUGGGGGAAGACGGGCGUAGCGUUUGUCUACGCAGUGGUGUGCUUUGUUACCACUACUAUUGUAAUUUCAGUGGUCCAUGAGAGAGUACCACCAAAGGAGCAUACUCCACCACUGCCCGAUAAGUUUUUCGACCUGUUUGACAGGGUGGAAUGGGCCUUCUCCAUCUGUGAGAUUAAUGGCAUGUUGCUGGUGGCACUGUGGCUGAUACAAUGGAUUCUACUCAAGCACAGGUCAAUUAUAGGCAGGCGGUUCUUUUUCAUUGUUGGCACACUCUAUAUGUACCGGUGUAUUACAAUGUACAUCACGACUCUGCCUGUUCCUGGGAUGCACUUUAAAUGCUCUCCAAAGCUUCUCGGGAACUGGGAGGCACAGAUGAGGAGAGUAAUGAAAAUGAUUGCUGGUGGGGGCCUGUCCAUCACAGGUUCACACACCAUGUGUGGCGAUUAUCUAUAUAGUGGCCACACCGUCAUGUUAACGCUAACAUACCUCUUCAUCAAAGAGUAUUCUCCCAGGCGGUUCUGGUGGUACCACUGGUUUUGCUGGACUUUGAGUGCCGUGGGGAUUUUCUGUAUCCUUCUGGCCCAUGACCACUACACUGUGGAUGUGGUCGUGGCAUACUUUAUUACUACACGUCUCUUCUGGUGGUACCACACUAUGGCCAACCAGCAGCUGAAGGAGACGUCACAAAGCAACCCGUUCUCUCGGGUGUGGUGGUAUAGACUUUUCCAGUACUUUGAAGAGAACGUGACCGGCAUGGUCCCCCGGAACUAUCAGCUGCCGUUUUCAUUGCGAGCGUUGCAGUGGAACCGCGGCGUGAAGUACAGCAAACUGGACAUCCAGUGACCCCUGUCAUGUUAAAGCAGGCAAGGACUGUGACUUCCAUAAGUGCUGUUUUUAUCCAAGGAACAUGGCACUGUUCAAUGUAGCGCUGUCCCUUCACCCCUAGUAACAAACGCAUCCCUUCCAAAUGGGUAGCACUGUGACCCACCUAGUAUUUUUUUUUCUCGUCCUCUUUCUUCUCUGGUAGUAUAUGUCAACACAAAGCACUAAUUUAUUUGUUUAGUUUCCUCUUCAUAGGCCGCAUAAGUUUACUAUUUUGUAGCAGAUCUACAAAGCAUUUCAACAAACUUCUAAAACUCAAAACUUUUUUUUUUUUUUUUAAUUGAACAGGACUCGAAUACUUUUUCCCCUCACAGCACAAAAAAACCAUAAGUGAUGUCUUCAUGUUCUUAGAUUUUAGUGCAAAUAGGGUCAAUCAGAUGCUUAUUUGAGAACCAAAAUGCCAUAAGCAUUUUCUUUUGUUUUUUUUUAUAGCAACUUACGUUUUGUAAACUGUCCUUGCUAUAAUGAGUCAAAGGUGCAAAAAAUAAUUUUUCUAAAUAUGUCAAACUUUAUUUUUCAAAAGCAAAUGAUGUCCAACAAAAGAUUUUUAGAUUUUUAUCUUUUUCAAGAUGAAUAACUGAAAGCAUAAGAAUCUAAUGUGGUAUAACGUUAUUCCAGUGCCUUCCUUAGCUUGAUUGUAAAACAGUUCAAGUACUAUAUGUCUUGUGUCUCUCUGCCACGGUACCACCUCGUACCGCGGCACGGUCACAGUCUCGUUCCCAUGAAUGUAUAAAACUACGCCAGCCUUACCAGAAGAUUGGUCUUCCCAAAAUUAAGCGCAGUGAGUGAAAUGUCCCGUUUGUUUGUCGAUGCUUUAUGAUGUCAGUUUGUGCUUAGUUGGUCAAUGCAGUUCUAACAGAGAAAAUGACUGUUAAUUGUAUUUUUUUUGUUUGUUUUUUCAGCUGUAGCAUUUCAUUUCUACCAGUCAGUCUUUUAACCAACACCAGCCACGUUCAAAGCCUGAUCACUCAUGCUAAGUUGCCUGUGGGCAUCACCAUGUCUGAUCAUUUUUACUUUCUACCACAACAUCAUCUGCAAACAUCACUGCCUAAUUGGACAAGAAAUGUCUCCAAGGUGCAGAGUUAAGUUAUUCUGGACCUGGACAUGUCAUUGCAGCAUCUCUUGCUCAGGAGAUAAUGAACCUUUCUCUUGUUCCCCACAUAGAUUCCCUGUUUGAAAUCAGAAUUAACCUCAUCACUGUCUUGUUUUGUAACCUCCUUGUUGAUGAGAUGGAGAGGAAAGUGUUCAAUGUGACACUUAUCUUGAGCUAAUUAGAUGUCAAAGUUGUGAAAACAGAAGCUUCAGGCAAAGCGUCUGAAACUGUCUGUCUGAAUCUCUUCGUACUUUUAUCGUUUUGGUUUUUUUUCUUGUACUGAGUCAAGCUGCUAUUCUACAGUUUGAAGAUGGUGUAUCUUCUGUAUGCAGUGUCUCCUGAAGUGCAAUGCCAAAACAAUCUUCUCUCUAGAAGUAGCAAACAUACGAUAUGGAACUUGUUUGUGGGGAGCAAGCUGAACCAUGAUGCACAGAGCUGGUGACACAUUUGGCCAUGAGUGUGCAAACAUUGAUUUCCAUGAAUGUGAAAAUGCGUCCACAUUGAUCCUAAUCAUGUAUACGAUGACUUUUUUUUGUUGUUGUGUAAUUAUGACUGAACUGUAAAGAGCAAGUAUUACACAAGUUCAUGUAUAGGGAAAGAUUUAACUCAUUAUGUGAAACUUUUUUCAGACUGAAUUUAGUUAGCUCUGAUGAAAAACUGCACUAAUCUUUAAUUCUACAAUUUCCAACUAAAUAACAGUGAUGACGUGAUCUUUAAUCAAAGGAAGGGGGCCAGAAAACAGUAUUUUAAAAGCUUUUGAUGCCAACAGGAGUCUUAAUGUUUGAGAAAAAUAAUAGUCCAGGCUCAACCUCCUUCCUGUAGCAUCGUCCAGUCAUUUCACUUUUACAACAAUUGUCAGUUCGUAAGAGCACAGGAGGUUCCUCACUUAUGGCCAUAUUUACGAUGACGUUUGAUUGAAACAUGGCUCUCUUAAUAUCUGAGGGCUUUGAUAAGGAUGAAGGUGGGAUUUAAUGUUUGUCUUCUAGUUUGCCAAUCAAGUUAUUUUAUUUUUGUUUUUGUCUACAAGAAAUGAACGUCUGUUUUCUUGUACAUUUCUCUGUAAACUUCUCACCCUCUUUGUCCCUUUUUUGUGCGUAUACCAGAUGUUUGUAAGAUAUGAUAAAGGAUUCUACUUGGGAUGUUUUUGAAUAAAACAUUUUACUAUAAUGCA